CCAAUGAGCUUUAUGAAAAUGAGGAUUGGUUCCCUUUUUACUGUAGUAUCCCGCGUCCAUGUUUUACAGCAUGAGGGGAGCUGGUGGGAGUGGCUACAAUAUACUGUAGAUGGAGUCUUCCUUCCCUCUUCUAUUAUCCCCAAAGCUUGGUGUUUCUGAAAAAUUCAGAGUAAAUCUUCUUGAGCACCUCUUUUUCUUGAUAUGUAGUACAGGAGAGGUAGUAUCUGUUGGUGCCUUGGACUCAGCCCAAUCAAUGUAGUAGGUAACCAUCAUUUUUUGUGUGCCAGUCUUGCAAAUCUGUAUUUAAACCAUAGAAGGAUAUGGACCGACAUAUUCCUGUGCAUCCUUUACCUGAGGAAAUACGAAAGAUGUCCCGGGAAGAGACAGUGUGUAAAUAUUGCGGAGUCAGCUAUUUGAUCCUCCAUGAGUUUAAGCUGCUGGAAGAGAAAGUAAAAGCAAUGGAAGUGAAGGUGAAGUUUUAUGAAGGCAGCAUAGAACGGGAGAAAACACUUCAAGAAAAACUACAGCAGCUAAAUCAAGAUUUUGAACAGUGUGCAGCAGCUAGCAAAUCAAAAAGAGAAAGGAUAAAAACUUUAUCUCUGGAGCUUGAAAAUAAGCAAGCAGCACUACAAAAUCUAAAUGAACAGAUGAAGAGCCUCCAGAAGGAGAAUGAAGUUUCAUGCAGACAAACACAGCUGUUGCGAAAAACAUUGGAACGACAUAAAUUCAUCCUAAAGAAAGCCUUUGUUCUCCUUCCCUUUAUCAAAGGAGAGGUACACAGUGUUAAAGGAGGAAUAUUUGACUUUCUCAGCCAAUGGAGUGCACUCAAAGGAGAGAUUUUUUUACACAUAAAAAAGAUUAAUUUAACAGCAUUGACAGAAAUAUCCAGUCUGAACCGAAGCUUGGGUGAAUGCCAGAGGGAAAAUCUGCUCCUCCAGGAGGAGGUGCAGCGUUUAAGGUUGAUAUCAGACGCAGCUGAGCAGCAAGCUGAGCAACUCCAGGCGACUCUCUUACGAGAGAGUGAAUUACAAAACAGAUGUCACGAACUACAGAAGAAAACAAAAGAUUUAACAAGUCAAGUAGAGACAAUUGAGCACAAGUUCCAGAAAGCAGCUGCCGAAAUCAGCCAUUAUAAAGAACUAUUCGUAAAGAAGUCAAAAGAAGUUGAAGACUAUCAAAGUGAACUCCAGAAACUGACAUCUGAAAUUGGAGCAUCCACAUCUCAGUUUGCUAAUACCCUGAAAGAGCGAGAAGAGUCUUUGCUUGCCUGCCAACAAGCAUCUGGACGUUUACAGGAAGAAGUGAUUCAAAAAGAGAGGAAAGAAGAAGAGCUAAAAAAACGCACCGACCAUUUGGAGAGCGAACUGGAAACGAUUAAGAGGCUUCUCAAGCAGCGAGAGGAAGAAGUGGUAAUGCUUAGGCAAGAAAGGGAGUCUCUGCUGAUUUCCCAUCGGAGCAGAAUGGAGCAACUGCAGGAAACAUUGAGGCAGAAGGUGCUGAAGGAAAAGAACUGGCAGGAAAAGAUCAAAGCUGAUAGAGCAAAGGAACAAGCUCAUCACAAAGAGGAGAUUCUCAGCCUCAAAGAGGAAGCCAGAAUGGAACUAGAAAUUGAGAAACAAAAGCAUCAGGAAUUGAUUGCAAAAUAUCAGAAAGAUCAUGAUGACCAGCUACACCUUAAGAUACCUGCAUUGAUAUCAAGUGCCACAAAUAGCCUGAAGAUGGAAGUGGGCACCCUUGAAAAGAAGCUCUGUGAAGCCCAGAUCAAGCUUACAGAGAAGCACCGAGAGAGAGAGGAGCAAUGGCAAAGUUUAAAAAAACAAGUUGCUGUGCUUGAGCUCCAGCUGCAGGAGGAACAGAGCGCCCAUCAUUCAGUGACAGAAGACAUGAGAGAAGAAAUAAAGAAGAAAACUUAUGAGCUGGAAAAACUGACUCAAGAGCAAACGCAGUUGAUUCAGAAAAUGAGUCAGGUUCAAGAGGAGAAUGCUCUUCUCCAGGACACAGUGCGCAGGGAGUGUGAGGAACGGUAUGAGCUCACCGAAGCCUUGGCUCAAGCCAAAGAACAAGUCAUGGAGCUAAAGAAACUCGGUGGAAACUUUCAAUUGUCACAGUGUUCUCUCAGUCAGGGCAGCCUAACCUCCGCUGCAUUGGUCAGCAAUCACGGGCAGAGGAGCCCAAACUGUGGGAAAGGAAUAACAUUCUCGGGACACUGUGGGAUUUCAAGAGCCACUAAAGCACCACUCUCUAAUAGGUACAAAAGCAGCAUGAACGCAAGCUUGCCUGCUCUGCCUGCUCUGCAGUCCCCAAGCAGAAAAACAUCUCUAGAUGAAUCCAGGAAGAGAAUCACAGCAGUUCUAAAAAGACAGAUGAGUGAGCUGUGAUGAGUCAAGGACUGCUCUCUCUCUCUCUUUUAUUGAGAAGAGUCAGGGAAAAAACAGUGGCAUAGGUCAUUAGGCCACCUCAGUGUGGCCCACAGGGGAAAAUACCAGAUUUUACUGUCGGGCAAUUAGCUUGUUUCUAGCGCUGAGUGUUGUUGUUUUAUAUACAAGCAACAUCAAAUUAAGCUAAGCAGUGGUUUUUAAUCUCACACGUGUUUAUGUUUUAUACUGAAAUCAUGAAUCGGCAUUUUGCUUAGUAAAUACUGGUGACUUAGGUCUGGUUCUGACUAAAGUAGCAAUCUUGUGUAUGGGCUUCUGCCUGCAGAUGGGGCUUCACGUAAAGGAU